UCGAAGAAGUUCAGGCAUUACGGGAGACAUAGUACAACUUUUACGUAGUAAGACUGUUAAUUUCUGCAAAUCCCUGUCAAAGGCGAUAAUCUGAAUGAAAAGCUUGCUGUUUUGGAAUAAAGAUUAAAGAGAAGACCCUUCAAAGAUCUCUCUGAUAUGAGUAAAGAAAACAGCAAAGCUCCCCAUGAGCAGACAUUUCCGCCCCCUCCAACUCUUUCUGUACACAUCAAGGGAGAAUUCUCAGAAUACCGCACUGACACCUCUGUGCAGGUUUAACACGAUGCAGAGGAAACAACAAAACCCAGAGUUCACGUUACCAGAAAUGAGCCUUGCUGCAGGAUUUGUCACAAAAACUUUGCAAGCAUGUGGCAGGAUGACAAUGAAAUCUUGAUGCACCGCUCAGCAACACACACACACACGCAGCUCAGCAGCAGCGACUUUGGCAGCCGGUGUGCACUAUGAACGCAACGGAGAAUGUGUCUGAAUAUUAUGACUAUGAUUUCGAAUGCAAUGAAACAAGUUGGGUCUCCACCGGUGGGUCUAUGCUCAUCCCUGUUCUUUACUACAUCUUGUUCUGCGUGGGCCUAAUGGGAAACGGGAUCGUUCUCUGGGUUCUCCUCCGGUACACAAAGAUAAGGACUAUGACUGACGUGUUCCUGCUAAACCUGGUCCUGUCGGACCUUUUAGUGGCUGUGUCUCUGCCUGUCUGGGUCCACAUCGCCCAGAGCCUUCCAUCCUGCAAACUGGCUACUGGGUUCUAUCAACUGGGUUUCUACAGCGGGACAUUCUUUGUGACCAUGAUGAGCGUGGACCGCUACCUCGCCAUCGUCCACGCAGUGACAGCCAUGCGAAAACGGACCCUUCGCUACGGACUCAUCGCCAGCUUUACCACCUGGGUCACAUCUGUGAUCUUGGCAACUCCCCAAAUGGUCUUUGCCAGUUUAGAGUCGCCGGACAAUGGAAGCUUCCAGUGCCAUCCCAUCUACCCGGAGGAAACCGCAGAGUUGUGGAAAAUGCAGCGAAAUUUCACAGAGAACGUGGUGGCCCUUUUUGUCUGUCUUCCUGUCAUUCUUUUUUGCUACGUGAACAUCCUCAUAGUGGUCUCCAAAUCCAGGAACUCCAAAAGGGACAAAGCGAUCAAGUUGAUUUUCACUGUGGUGUGUCUGUUUGUGCUGUGCUGGGUGCCCUACAACAUCGUAGUCUUCCUGAAGACACUGCAAAUGAUCUCUGAAUACCUAAACAACUGCGAGUCGUCACAGGCCAUCGAUGCAGCCAUGACCUUUGCUGAGAUCAUCGCUCUGUCUCACUGCUGCGUAAAUCCAGUCAUCUACGCAUUCGUCGGGGAGAAGUUCAGGAAAACGUUGGCCAAAGUGCUUUCCAAGUAUUUCCGUUGGCAUUACCAGACCACCAGCCAAACCACAGACAACGAGACCUCCAACACGCCCGUACGAUCAGAAUAUUGAAACUGGGUCAUCAUUGUGAUCGAGGCGGGAUGUGCGGUGCAUUUUUGUUCUCUGCACCGAGAGACUAAAUAGAUAAAGAUGCGUGCCUGUGUGUGUGUGUGUGUUGGUGUGUGUGCGUGUGUGUGUGUGUGUGUAAGACAGCAUGGUGGCAGUGGUUAUGGCAGAGGGGGAAGGCACGCGGUUUCGACUCGCAAAGGUUUUGGCGCAUGUAUCAAGUUCUUCCUUGUCACAUGUGAGGUGAUGACUCAUUCGGAAAGUGUGCAAGAACUACCUGAAACAUUUAAAUGCAAACUCCAACCAACCCAUGUCUUUCUGUCGUUCUGUUCAGCAUUUAACAAGAAGUACAAUUGCAGAUAAAAAAACUUAAUCAUUUAAUAUAUAUAUAUAUAUAUAUAUAUAUAUAUAUAUGAUUUAA